AUGGAAUGUACUGAUAAGCCUCUUAUCGCCGAUCUUGUUGAUCGGAGCCUCGGGCCCGAGCUCUCCCCGACUUUUCCUCCUCCAACGCCGCCGAUGAUGCCCGACAAGCGCAAAGCAUCCAUGUCUGAACCAUCUGCUAAACGAUUGCGCAUCUCCAAUGAAGAUGCAAGUGAUACCGCUUCCUCUGCAGCAUCUCAGGAGCGGCCUCGCAACAACCCCAUCUAUGGGCAGAAAAGCGCAUUCCCGGGGCUGGACGACGGCGGCGAUGAGCUCUUCUACGGGUCCGCAGACGAUGGAAUGGAGUAUCUGCGCAUGGUCCGAUCUGAAGCCAAUUCUUUACCCUCACUCUUCAUUGCGCCGGUCGCGAUAAGAGACGUUGAAAAACCCGAAUCCAACAUACGGACAGAAGUAGAUGCGCCGGGGCUACACAAGUUCCCAGCUGGGUUCUUCGAAGACGAAGCCUACAUCGCACCCGUCGAUGCUGAUAAGCAGCCAGUCCCCGGCCCCGAUGAACGAUUCCCCGAUGCACAAAGAUCAUACUACAAUCUCCUUCGACACCGGUUUCUCCUCCUCCGAUCAACCCUACGCUGCACACCUCCAGCGACGGCUAUCGCUGCCCUGGAUGACGCCCAUCCCAUCAGUCUCCCCGAUCGAAACACAGCCGCACGGAAAGAAUGGCGGCGCCUGUUACUCACAGUUGACCCACAGAUGGUACAACUGGCCUGCUUGGACUCGGAAAGCGUGCUAAGGGUGCUGAGCAUCCUGGCUAGAGGAUUGGGCGAGAACGUACGGGGCGGGGACUCGGAUCUUGUUCGACGGGUUGGCGCAUGGGCAUGGGGGCUAUUGGGAAGAUGCCGCGAAGUCGGAGAGUUGGCUACGGAUCAAGUGGGAGAGCUACGCGAUCUCGGUAAACGCGCUGCGAAGAUUCUGCAUAGGAUGCAGGAGACGGAGUUCAAGCGAUCUGCCGAGGAUAGCGACGCCUCUGAUUCAGAUACAGGGGAUGCAGAGGAACCGCCGCAAGAAGAGGUCGUCCAAGCAAAAGAGCAGGGGGAAGGCUCCCUGGGGGUAUCUGUGGAUGAACAGGACACCGAAAUGGCCGAUGUUGAUAUGUCUGCGGCGCUGGAGGCCGCCAAGUUACGAUUACAGGCCAAGCUGCAGAGUGACACCGAUUUAGAAGCGACCGAUGAGCAAUAUCCCUCGGAGCUCUGUGACUCGGUGCAACAAGCACGGGUUCUACUCGAUAUGAUCAUCACAAUUGUGGGCGAGUUCUUUGGACAGCGAGAUCUGCUUGAUGCACACUACUUCGGGACUGUUGCGUCAUGGGCUCAGCUUCAACGCCAACAACUGAUCUUCUCUUAUCUUCUCCAAUUAUUCCACCACACGACCGAUGCCACUGCUGCCAGACUAGCCAUGGCGCCGACCAUCGAGAUUUCUAUCCCAACAACCACCCUUUCGCAUACCUCCCCACCACACACUCUCUACCAUAUCACCCUCCGCCUCCCACUCCGCUCCUUUACCGUAUCCAAGCGCUACUCCGACUUUGCAGCUUUCCAUAGCGAUCUGAUUAGCCAGACCGAUAUCCAACCACCCGUACCUCUCCCCUCGAAAUCAUGGUUCUCCAACACGGUCUCCAACGAACGCUUCCGUGAAGACCGCCGUCGCGGCCUGGAGGCAUAUCUCCGCGCGAUCAACGAAGCGCCCGAUGGUCGAUGGCGCACUUCGUCCGCAUGGCGAGCUUUCCUGAACCUGCCGACCGCCGCAGCGAUCUCUACCUCGAAUGGAACGUCGAAUACAUCUGCCCGACUCCAUGCCGCGAUCACAGACCCCGGUUCAGCGGCUAACACUGCGAUUACCGACCCGACGCUGUGGCUUGAUUACUACCGUGACAUGAAAUCCCAUCUCCACGACGCGCGACUCCAGCUCUCCCGUCGUGACCAGGAGACUACCCCCCAAAAACAACACGAAAGCUCUGCGCAAGCAAAGACUAGUCUUAUCCGGGCAGCAUCGAUGAUCACCACUUUGGAGGAAGGCUUGAAGAAUCUCGGUGGUCGGGGGACCCAAGAAUCAUCCAAAUCGUCCAGCCUGGGAGACGGCGAGCUUCGCCGCCGCAAGGACCUACUCAUCAACGCACGCAAGGAAAAGGAUGGAUUGGAAGACUUGUUACACGCCAUGGCAGCAAAGAGCCGGCUCGACCAUGCCAUGGCCUCGGUCCAGGAUAAAGAGGCGCUACUCAAGGCUAGCGGUGCGGAUUCACCCAACGGGGGGCGUCGGACUCCUGCAAGAUCUGGACGGGUUCUCGGUAAAGAGACUGAGCGUACACGAGAGCUGGAUAAUGAAGGUGUGCUGCAGUUGCAGCAGCAGACGAUUCGAGAUCAGGAUCAGAGUGUGGAGGAGUUGAUGAAGGUUAUUAUACGGCAGAGGGAGCUUGGAACUGCUAUUCAUGAAGAAUUGGAGAUUCAGAAUGAGCUGCUGAAGUUGGCGGAUGAGGAUACCGAUCGGUUGAACGCCAAGAUUGACGUCGGCAAAAAGCGAAUCGGCAAGAUCUCCUAG